UCCUCCCCUCGUCAAUCGUCAGUCCUCCUCCAGUCAAACAUCAGCGAUCCCCUUAGUAAAGUAUCAGUCAAAAAUUUACGAUUUUUCCCAGCCAAUGAAACGAGCACAAACACGGAACUAUUAUCACAUGGACUCAAUACAGAAGAGGUGCUAGCUGGUGUAAGGAACAUGGGAGACCCCAAAGCUCAUUAUGAAGCUCUAAAGAAAGAGCUAGAUGAAGGCUUAAUCACACAGAAGGGCUUUGAGGCAAGGGUGAAAGAACUUUUGCAGAAACCGCCACAAGACUGCCAAGAUGCAGCAACCAUUUUUAAAUUUGCAAAAGAAUGUCAACUUAAGGGCAAAAGUAAACGCAAACAUUUUCCCCUUUCCAAAGCCACAGAGCAAAAAUAUUUAAAAAUAAGGAUCCGUCCAAUGGCUUGGAAAGAAAAAACAAAAGUGACAGGGGGAAAGUACAUUAGAGUUGUUGCUGAGGAGGAGCCGUCCAAAUUUUUACUGGACCCCACUGAUGGCUACAAUGAAAUUGUGGCUGCUGCCAAAGACAGACUUUGGCCAGACUUUGACCUUCCAGGUGCAGCCUUCACACUCUGCCAUGACGAUGGGACACCAUGGCCAAGGGGGGACUUUGAAAAAGAGCAUAAAACCCUAUCAGAAAUAAAGGAUGUCUGGAAAAAAACAUUCUUUGUUGGACGAAGAUCCAUGGGUAUAUUUAGUUCAGUGCCAUGAUAAUUAUAAUUUUUGGUGAUACUUAUUCUUUAUAUGCAUUAUUGGAUGUCCUUUGUUUUCAAACAGCAGGACACAGUUACCUGGCUGAGGAACGGGUAAGAUAACAGUAUAUAAGCCUCUUCAAUAUGUCUGACAAUGUUACUACUACCAAAAUUAAGUGGUACAUAUUGAAUGUGUUUUAAUAAGUUGUCUACAACUGUUGUUUUUGUGCUAAACAUUGUAUUAUUGGAUAUUACAUGUUUUUGUCUGUUCAUUGUUAGCCUAUGCUCAAAAAAGUACGGCUUUCAAUUUAAGUUCCUACAAAUUCUGAGGUAUGAAUUCAAACUAAGUUUUUACAAAUAAUAACACUAGGUACUUCUUUAAGUAAACUUGUCAUAUGUGGGUUUGACAAUACGAUUACCUUCUUUAGUUAUUUAGGUCAGGACUAACAUUACAUAGUUUUUUAACAAUUAUAUAUUGCCAUUAUAAUGACAUUAACAGCUCCUGAAUGGUUUUGUUUUUGUGUCCAGGUGCUCCCAGGGUGUAGGUCAGACAGAAUGUCUUGUGCACCACUGUUUAAAUCUUUCCAACCGAUUGCUUCCAGUUCCAGCAUUGUCCCGCCACCCUCGCCCGGGCCACAAGAAAAUGAUUCUAGUUCCCCGUCAGAGGAUUUCUUGGCAGGUAAAAAAAAAAUCUCAUUUAACCAAGUACAUUCAAAUGUCUAUAACAUAUUUAAAUGACAAUUUUUACAGACUCACAACAACAAAAUUAUCCGGUUGAGGUAAGAUUUUGCAUGGGGGUCUAUUUCUAAACGACGAAAGUUUACCACCUUGCUUUAUGCAAAAUGCUAACAAUGCUGUCAUUUUAUCAAAGGGGGAAAAUCAUUUUGAUUUAAUAGAUUUAGACAACUACUCUGAGGAUGCGGAGGUGGCCAGAGACAAGGUUGGAUAAUUAAGCAAUAAUCCUGGUCUGGCUGAACAACAGGGGUUUGAAGAAACUGAAGUUUUAGAAUCGCCUUCUCGUGAGUACAGUACUAAUAAUUAAAAUGAUGUAAUGCAAAAUGCAAAGACUAAGUGUUACAACUAUAUUUCCACACAUAUUUCAGUUUAUUUGCAACGACUGCCAUAUGUGCCAGUGGAUCAAAUUACUUAUGAUUCCAAGAACGUAAUUGGAAAGGGAGGUUUUGCAAUUGUCUACAAAGGCAUGUACCAAAAUACCCCGGCUGCGAUCAAGAGGAUACUGAUAGACUCCAACUCCCAAGACGAUGUAGCACAUGAAAUCUUUGUCAACACACGUCUGAGCCAUCCAUGCAUUGUGAGAAUGAUGGGAGCGUCAAGGACAGCAACUGAACUUUUGAUAGCCAAUGAGUACAUACAAGGGAAUAAUCUGGAUGCCAUCCUUCACAACCAAUCUGCAAAAGUGCUAGAUGAAGAAACAAAACAGGCCAUUGGGUUCCAGGUUUGCUUGGCUGUUGAGUACAUCCAUUCAAAGAGCAUUAUACACCAGGACAUUAAACCAGGCAACAUUAUUGUGGAGGAAAAAGGCAAGAGAGCUUUUUUAACUGAUUGGGGCAUGGCAAACAUUCAUGACACAGUUUCCCUGAAAAUAGGCAGCCAGACCAUUGUUCCACCUGCUGGUCCUCUCGGUGGAACAAUCUACUACCGUGCUCCUGAAUGUGAGCUACACUACAAUCCUGCAACGUGGCAUUCAGAUGUGUGGUCUGUUGGUGCUACCUUUGUAGAGCUUUUUACAGGUUCUCGGCCUUGGAAUGUAAGACAACCUCGUGAAGUUAAAGCACUGCUUUCUUCACAGACUGAGCCCCAUGCUUUGGCCUUGCUUUCCCCAACAUGGAAAGACACUAUAAACCAGUGCCUUAUGUAUGAACCAGAACACCGACCCACAGCAAGUACACUGGCCAAGGUUUUCAGGUCUGGGCUUGACCUCCAAACACUUGGUUGGUAAAUUUAUUUUUGAGGGAGUAAUGGACUUCUCAGGACUGUGCAGGCAACUGAAGUCAUAGGCAAUUUAAAUAAUGUUCCUGAAACCAUUUUGUUAUUAUGCUUAAAAUGCUGAAAUUAUUUCCCUGGUUUUGAGAUUUUUUUUUUAUAUUGUUCUAAUGUUGGUUCUAAUUUUUCAUAUUUAAUGUUUGUUUGUUGGGAGAUUUCCUUCAAUAAUUUCACAAAUAUAUUAGUACCUAAUUUCUUAUAUAUCCUAGCUGGGCAGGCUAUUUUUAUUUUUUUUUACUUCAGUGCAAGAUUGGCUUUGAAAUGUUUACAAUAACCAACAUCCACUCUUCUUUUUUUUUGUUACAUAUAUAUUGUAUAUAUACUGUGCUGGAGUGUCCACCGUGGUCCUUUUUAUCACCUGCUCAUAAAAUUCACCAGGGCAUGCACCCUUUGACAAUGUUGUUAUGGUUACUGUAUUAAAGUGACUAUUUUCUCAGUGCAUGUUUAAAGCAGACGUCUUAGUCCCCUAUCUAAUAUGGGUUGCAGUAGAGCCAAACAAAGUGCUUUUUCAAA